AUGGGAAAUAUCGAUCGUGCGUUUGAAUCAAUGUCACUGGAAGAAGAUGAAGUUCCUUUCGAUCUGCCUGACUUACCGCAAUUCAGUGCGAUAGAAAGAAACAAGAUGAGUAUAUUGGGACAUACUUUAAACCCGGAUAAUCAGAACAUAGCUGAUCUUAUUAGGGAUAUGCCAAGGAAGUGGCAGGUGUAUGGAAGGGUACAUGGGAUUGCUCUGUCAAAAACAACUUUUCAGUUUGUCUUUAAGUAUGAGCAUGAUCUGGAGGAGGUGCUAAAUAAGAGGGUAUGGACUUUCAACGACUGGAGCAUCGGAGCGAUAACGGCUCUUGGGGAUAUCAUUGGGAGAGUGGAUGUGGUUGCUUUCGACCCAGAUAAACCGCAGACAAACGACUAUGUGCGUGUGAGAGUUUUCUUUGAUGUUUCAAGACCAGUGCGAAGAUCAAAAGUGGUGAACCUACCUAAAGGAGGGGGAUCUGUCACGAUUCUGUAUGAUUUCGAAAGGAUCCAGAAACGCUGUUAUCAUUGUCAGCGCUUGACUCAUGAAAAGGAUAAGUGCCCGAUACUGAUCCAGGAGCGGCAAGAUAAAGCAAAGGCAUGGAGGAAAAAAGUAAGCGAGGAUAACCAGAAGGAAGAAGAAGGAAAGCAAACAUUUAUGGUUACUAUCGACAAAGAUGAUCCUUUGUUUGGUGUUUUAAAUGAAGAUCAAGUGGGUGUGGAUAAAGCCACUGGGCGGAGGAAGAUCAACCCGGAGGUCCUACAACAGAUGAGGGAGUACAUCUUGGCUGCUGAAGGAGGAGAGAAGCGUAUAAGGCAGGAACGGGUUCGUAAAUCUGUAUCUGACUUGGAUAACGAUCCGCUAGGGCAAAAGAAGUUUCUGCGCCUAGAAGCGGCCCCUCUGAUUAUCCAUGAAGUGGACAAAGGGAAAGGUUUUGUCUUUGGUUACUCUAAUCAAAAUGAACAAAACCAUAGUGGGGAAAAUGGAUCACGGGGGUCUAGCUCGUGGGUGGAGAAAGAAAAGGGUCCCCUACGGUCAGGACCGGGGGUUGGUAGAGGAGACAGAGACUCAAACCCAACAGAGAAGGGGAAUAAUUUUUUCUUUGAUUGUUCAACGGGUUUUAGUAGUGGAUUCUCUACUGCUAGCUCUUCCGAGACAAAAAAGACUAAAUUGUUUGGGAGACAUAGGCCUCCCAAGAAGUUCCGCAGACAAAAAUCAAAUCCAGUCAUAUCUCAGAUUGAUAGAGGAGAGGAAGGCGAACAGCAGGCAAAUCUAGAAUCAAAGAGGAAGGCGACAGAGGCAGCAGGAAAUUUCUCAAAAAUCGCAAGGCGUAAUCAACCAGAGGUGGUCCCAAUUGGGGGACUGCCAAAUCAGUAA